AUGUCAAGCGGAAGGAAAAGCCAAGGUCGCAAAAAGAUUGAAAUGAAAAGGAUUACGAAUGAGAGAAACAUGCAAGUGACAUUUUCGAAGCGCCGUAGUGGGCUCUUCAAGAAAGCCAGUGAGCUUAGCACUCUUUGUGGUGCAGAUGUUGCUCUUGUUGUGUUUUCUCCUGGUGAGAAGGCAUUUUCUUUUGGUCACCCCAAUGCUGACACGGUCAUUGAUCGUUAUCUAUCACAACUCCCAUCUCAAAAUAAUGGCACCGUGCGACUCAUUGAGGCCCGACGUAACGCCAACGUGUCUGAGCUCCAUUCCCAGCUAACUCGGCUCAACGAUGCGUUAGACAUCGAGAAGAGCCGUAGGGAUGAAUUGAGUCACAUGAACAAGAUGACUGAGACUCAGUAUUGGUGGGCUUGUCCCUUUGAUGGGAUGAAUUUUAGCCAACUUGGAUUACUGAAAAAUGCUUUAGCGGAACUAAAGAAACGUAUUCCUGAACAUGCUAAUGAGCUUGUCAAUCAGGGUGCUGCCACCCAAACCAUGACAUCUUUUGCUGGAAAUGGUUCAUUUUCUAACAUGUAUGUCCAUCAUCUCCCAAAUUCUCAAUACAGUCAAAUGUUUCCGGAACAACCUUUUCAGGACCCUAUGUUGCAACAUAAUUUGUUUAAUUUCAACAAUAUUGGAGGAGGAGGAGGAGGAGGAGAAGAAGGAGGGUAUGGACCCCCAAGAUUCUUGUGA